AUGAGUCAUCAUCGUGAUAAGUAUGCUUCUAAUUACCGCGAUCAUUCACAUAUAAGAAUCAAAAAAAAAAAAAAAAAAAAAAAGUCAGAAAACAGUAUAUAUGUUCUUUUAUUUUUCUUUUCAAUAAGUUUAAUACUUUAUUUUAAUUCGGAAAAAGUUGUUAAUUUUGUUGAAAAUUUAAAAAAAAAUUCAGAUAAUAUUACCUUAUCCAAUUCCGCAGGGUAUAUGCACCCAAUGAAAAAUGGAAAGAUAAAUAAGGAAGAUGAAGAUGAUUCAAUUAAAACUCUUAGCAUUACGAAUAGUGAUGAUAUAAGAACAAAUUUACUUCUUGAUUCAUUUAACAUUAAAAAAUUUGAAGAUGACACGUAUAAAUUAAAAUUUUUUGACAAUGACUUGAUAAAUAAAAUAGAAAUAGUAAAAAAUAGCAAUUUUAUAUAUGAUGCUAUAAAUUAUUUAUUUAAGGAGAUAAAAGGUAAAAAUCUAUAUCCAGCUAAUAAAAAGGAUAAACUUAUUUUAAGGAAUGAAAAAGAAAUAAUAAAUGCUACCAGUAAAUUAAAAAGAUUAAUCAUUAUUAAACUAUUAAAAUGUUUAUUAGUUCUAGUAUUAUUGUAUAUUAUAUUUCGUCUAAUAUCAUCAUUACUUAAAAAAGUAAUAAAUUUUAUUUUUGUACUUAUUAUUAAAAUUAUAAAAUUUUGCUGUUGUGGUGGAUUAUAA